AUGCGUGCGAAAAGAAAAGCAAUAAAUACUCGACGUACAAGACAACUAACUCACAAAUCAAACAGCAACAUGUUCGGACAUCAUCAUCAUCAUCAUCAUCACGGAUUAGGCGGCAGCAUGAUGGGUGGCGGAGGAUAUCCAGGCGGCAUGAUGGGUGGCGGAGGAUAUCCAGGCGGCAUGAUGGGUGGCGGAGGAUAUUAUCCAGGAGGCAUGAUGGGUGGAGGAGGAUUUCCUGGAGGUCUCAUGCAAUUAGGUUAUCGUCGUUUAUUUGGAAUUCGUGAAAAUAAACAUUUAAAUAAAGAAUCAUUUGAUAGAAAUUAUUUUACAAAUAUAUUUCUUAAUCAAUUUAAUAAAAUAGUUCUUCAACGAAGAGAACAUAUCAUAUGUGACAAUUUAAUUAUUGCAAUUAAACAAAUAAAACGUGCUCCAUCAACAUAUUCAGCAAAUACAAAAGUAGAAUUUCUAUUAAAAGUUCUUUCAUUACGAAAUAAAGAAAAAAGUGAAUUUGAUUAUAAUAAUAUGGAAAAAAAAGGAAGAUUAAAUGAAUCUUUUGUUAACGAUAUUCUUAAUAAGAAUGUUCAGACUAAUAUUAAUGUUGAAGUUGAACAAGUUUAUUCAUGUUAUUGUUGUGAAUGUAAAAAAAGUUUAAAUGAAGGAGAUUUUUAUGUUAAAAGUGAAAAUUGGAGUCGUCCUAUACUUUGUUUAUCCUGUUAUGAUUUAUUAUUUACUCAUAAAUGUGUUCGUUGUAUGAAACCAAUAACAUUUAAUCAUGAAUCGUUGACAUCCGAUGGUUUAACAUCUAUUCAUUUUGUUCAACAUAAAAAUUUUUAUUGGCAUUCAGAUUGUUGUGUUUGUGUAACAUGUUUACAAUCAUUGAUUGGACAAAAAUUUUAUCAAGAUCAAACUUAUAAUCAAUUAUUUUGUCUUGAUCAUAUUCCUUAUCAAUUAGAAUAA